AUGGAUCAAGGGAUUGAUAAAUUGCUAAAAGAUAAUAUUUAUUCAUUAUUUUUUCUAAACGAAAAAAAAGUUUACAUCUAUCUAUCUAUCUAUCUAUCUAUCUAUCUAUCUAUCUCGUUCAACAUUCAGCGAAAUGCGCCGUUCACAACUCCCUCUCUAUCAAUGCCUAACUCUCACUCUUAUGAGAAUGUUUCCCCUCUUACAAGCUUGCCCUACUUUUUCUCUCACUGCUUUUACCAAUUACUACUAGGGUUUCUCGUCCCAUAUCGUAUAAGCCAAAUCGUAUUCAUUGGAGCGUCAUUCUUCUUGGGGAAUCCCUUAGUUUUUUGUCUCUUUGGUUGGGGUGGGGCAUUUCUUUCAGAAGUAGGGGUAACCUUUUCCCCAUCUAUCUAUCUGCAUGCAUGCACUGUCUGCAUCCAUGCCUCAGGGACCACUCUCUUCUAUUGGCGUCGGUCUCCUAAGACACCGGACACACCCUCACUUUCUCUACGACAGGGAUUUUUUCUCUUUAUUCUAGCUGCUAACUUCCUGAUUCCGAACUCGAACUUCUACACGUCUUGUCUUCUUCCAAAAUUUCUCAUUGUCUUUGGUCAGACCUAUGGCUACUGA